UGCUUAAAAUUCUUCCAGUUUUUCAGCUGAGAUGUGUUAGUUCCCGCUCUCCCAUAUACUUUGGAAGGUACUUGUAAAUCACGAGGAAUGUUUUCUGCUUAAUUUUGCUGCUUUUGUGAAAGUUCAGCCACCACUGAAGUUCUGAAAAACGAUCUUCUGAAACAGAGGCUGUUGCAGAGCAGCCCCUCACAUUUCCUAACUGGUGAUCAACCAGCUUGUGUCCCAUCUGCCACUGUGUUCGGAUGGACAGGAGACUGGAGCUGGGGAAAGGAUGCAGGAAUAAAGUCUAAGAUGAGGAAUGGGGAACUCUGGAGUCUGAACAUGAAUCAGUUGUUGAUGAGAAAGGAUUAGGACCGAACACAGUACGUGGGGGAACAGGAGUAUAGGGGUGGAAGUAAAUGAUUAAAAUGGAUGAGAAGCCUGUAGAUGGAAGGAUUGCAGGAGAUGGGGAAAUGUGAGUUUAGAUGACUGGGUAGUGGACAGUAGGGGGGAAAAAAAAUUAAGAAGAAAGGAAGAGAGACUCUGACCUAGCUUUGAGGGUUCAUUGACUAGAAGUAAAUGAUAUAAUCAAGGAUUAGAUCAUAAAGCUUAGUCAUGAAAAGGUGGAUGGACUGUGGUUCGAUAACACUAAUCCUCCUGUUUCCUAACAUCUGAAUAUUUGAAUUUACAACCUAAACACUCUUUUCAUGCUUAAGAAAAACUGAGAGACAAUCCAGAGGCAACCUGUGUAGAUGCUUCAGAAAACCCUUCAGAGACAAACAGAUGAAUGUCGUGUUUAUCGGGAAGUGCUCGAGGAUAGGGGCUUUAUGAUUUAAAAAAAAGAGAGAGAGAGAGAAAUAUAGGGGAAUGGGUUAAGCCUCUCUGACCGUUACAGGAUUGGUUGGGCUGAAACACAAAUCUAAUGACUCAUUGGGUUUUGCAUGAUAAAAUUGACCAUAGACCAAAGGCUUCCCUAGUCCAGGAAAAAUAACAGCUUUCUUUUCAUUACCAAGGUAAAUCAGUUCCCCUGCGUGAUGCACUGACAAUGACACUGAAAAGCUGAAUAAAAACAGCAGGCAUUUCUCACUGCACUCCUAGCACGAGCAUUGCUAAACGUGAUUUUGGUGACAGUAGAACAUAUGAGCUCUGGCUGCAGAACUAGCACCCCUGCAGCCAAAAAUGGCAUAAAUGCCUCAAAAGAAUGCUUCUCCAGUGCGAGCACUGAUGCUCCUUGUCCUACUCUUACCAAACCUGGCAGCAGAGAUUUUGAGGAGAACAAAAAGGAGUCUUACUGUCUUCUACUGACUUUCCUGCACAGCAGAUUACUUUAGAGUAAUUCUUGCCUCCAACCCAUAACUUCUGGUUGAGCUACAGCAUAUGUUUUAGCAGUCUUGCUUCCAAAGUUUUAACUGACUGACAAACCCAUCAUGUUCCCAGGUAAGCUGUUUUUGUUCUGUUUUGUUUUAAGUCCGUCCUCCCCCCCCUCCUUUUUUUGAAACCUGAAUUUGCCACUGUUUGAAUUUCCAGUGAUUUAAUCUUGGAAUGUCUUUUUCAUUCUAAUAGGUGAAACAGAUAACUACUCUCAGAAGUUUUUUUCCUUCUAGAAGUGUAUGUUAACGGUGAUCAAGGUACUUUAAACUUCCCUUCGUCCAAAAUUUAUUCAUUCUCUCAUUAUAGUAGAGGGAUUCUUUUCAGCUCCAGUUACUUUUUUCUCCUUUAAAUUUUUUUCACUUUGUCAAUAUUUUUUCAACAUCAUAGAAGCCAGAAUUAGACAAUGCAUUUUGAUAAGUUCACCCUGAACUUUAUGCAGAACUAAUACUGCCUCUGUGUUGCCUGUGUUAGCUGUCUAAGUGCCUUGGUUCUUUUUGCACAGUUUCAUCCUGAGGGCAGGUUUUGCACAGUACCAGGUCCUAAGCCCAGCGUUACAAAGACAGAGGAAGGCAGGGGUAAGAAAUGGCAGCUGGUGGACAGAGGUGCCCAAUGUAUUCUUCACUAGAGCCCAUGCUUUGACAGAUGACUUGUGCAAGGUUGAUAUCCAUCAUGACCCUGGCAUCUCUUUGACUCAUUCACUGCUUUCAAGAUGCUGUAUCCUUUACUAAUGCUGCACAUGGCGCGGUGUUAUCAAACUUGCAGCUAACCAGCAAAAGUUUGGGUUUUGCAUGGGUUAGAGUGAAAGGUUUCUCAUUUUGUUUUAUAUUUAUUUCAUAUUAGAAGUAUGUAAUAGGAAAAUCACUAAAGAAAAGGUGAGCGGAAGAAGUAAAACCCAGAUGAAGAAUCUAAUCUUACUAAUAACAGUUCUUCUGGUCCUGCCAGUUUCAGGAAGAAAAUGGGCUCACUGCUAUACAAUUUAAGUUGAAUAGUACUUCUCUUUAAAGUUUGUUUUUUUGGCAGGGGCUGGUGGUUACUGAAAAUGGAGGAAACAAGGAAGCUCUCUCCAAAGCCAUGUAAAAGCAAAGAACCUGUGAAAACGGAAUGGGGGUCUCAGAGUGUUGUGUUUACAUAUUUCCAAGGGGAUAUUAACAGUGUGGUAGAUGAACAUUUUUCUAGAGCUCUCAGCAAUGCCAAGAACCCCCAAGACCUGAGCACGAAGCACAAGAGCGAGGCUGUUGUCCUGAAGAACGAUAGCAUGUCUCCCCAUCAGUGGAGUUUCUCUUCACACUGCUCCAAACCAUAUCCAUCAUCUUCUGCUACAAGCAUGUCAAAUUCUGGUCUGAAUUUUUCUGUUGCUGGUCUGGCAGGCCAAUACCAGCCAUCAGCUCUGCGGAGUCAUCCAACUCAGCCUGCGGAUUUAUGGCCCUUCCCUUCAAUUGGUUCGCCCAGUCUUUCUGGCUCAGUAUAUCAUCAUACCUUGCCUGACCUGCACGUGGCAGAUGAACCGAUCUCUGACAGGAAGUACGGUUCUCUUCUUGGUCUUCUGCAACAGGAAAGGUGCCUAACAUCCAUGCAGGAAUGUACCAUGAAGCAACACUCUAGUUCUGCUUGUAUUACUGGACCUGCUAGGUUACAAAAUAUAAGUCAAAGUUUAACUCCUGGGGGAGAGAGGAAAGCAAGCUCUUACCAAGGCUCAGAAAAUCCCAGUGCAAGCCAUGCUGCCGCAGGUAUACAGACUCAUGACAGAAGACGAGAUUUGUACUUUUAGCAACUGGAUGUUUCUACUUUAUUCCUAAAGAGCGAGCUCUUCCUGUGAACUUUGAUCAUUUGCAACUGUGAAUCAAGAAGAAACGGACUGCAGCUAUUCUGUGCUUUUUCUCUCAGUUGGAAGAAUGCCUGUACUAUUUACUCUUUUAGGAAUGAAAAUAAUCUUCCUCUGUUCAUUAAACAAUUUCUCAUAGUUGCAUUAAACCUGACAGAGUAUAUUUGGUAUGAAGAUAUGCUGUCUACUGAAGGACUUUCACUUAGUCCUCUCUUAAAAAGUGCUAAGAGUCCUUUCAAUCUUCCUACGCUUGUUCGUUUACCAUCUUUUGGUAAGAAACGCAGCUCUGUUGCAGAGGGAUGCAUUUGGCAUGAAAUUCAGUGCUACGGCUUCAUAUCCUGAUUUGGUAGUUCCAUGUUGUUGUUUAGAAAAGCCUAAGACAGUGACUCUGCUUGCAAGGGACUUCAAGGCAACCACAGGCAAGAAAGCACAUUAUCAUAUUCAUAUUUUGGAAGUACAGUAAUUUGUAACCGUAGUCAUUCUUCAGACAGGCAUAUGCCUUAAGGCUCUGUUUUGGCCUCUCAUAAUCAUCGUCUAGAAAAUACAGUGAAUUAACAAUAGAUCUGGGAGGAAAUUGAGGUCCUCGCUGGACAUAAGAAAAAUACCAC